AUGACCGCUGCCACAUCAUCUGAUAGCAAUAUUUCACUGUUGGAGGAGGAACCGAUUUGCAUCGAAUCCACGGUAAGUUUGAAACUGUUUAUUAUUGAUUGUCGAUCAUUCGAUUUGAUUUCAGUUUCUCACAAUGAGAGUUAUGGAAAACUAUCUGAAGUCGUUCGAGUAUUUUCUUCUCGUUUCCUGCUUCUUCUCGACUUUCCUCCAGGUCAGUAAUAAAAAUGUCUAGAUCAAAACAAAAAUGCCAGACAGAGAUUGUUUUGGAUACUUAUACUUGAUUACUAGAAACUCGCCUCUUUUUCGCUUCACAUCAUCACCAUAACAUAUUUUGAUCGUUUUCAGCUCUACGUGCUGACAAAAGCCGUCAAAAAUAUCAAACGUGCCACCGGCGACGAGUGCCUUCACGUUUUCCUGUUGAGCAUGACACUGGGUGACCUUUUGCUCACCAGCUUCUGCUAUCCGAUCGAACAACUUCGAGAACAGGAAAUUAUCAAAGUGCCGCAGUGGAUUAACGUCGCUCAACAUGUAAGCUUUCUCUAUUUUUGUGACUGAGAGGAAUUUGUAUGUACAUAGUUUUGAGUCGAGAAUGAUCAAAAACCAAAAACGAAAUGCAUUUGUUUUCAGUUCCUCACAUGGGUCGGAUUGUCGGCAUCGUCAGCAAGUCUGAUUCUUCUCAAUGCUGACAAGUUGCUCUAUUUCAAAUUUCCGCUGAGGUAAGUGUAUAAUAAAAAGUGGCCAAUUGAUGAGUACACUGUGAACUUCAGAUACGCAAACAUGGUCACUACCCGCAAAGGCCUCUUCUUGGCAGUUCUCAUCUGGUGCGGAUGCUUUGUCUUUGUGUCACUUUGCUGGUACCUGGAAUGCUUCACGUUAGUCUAACCUAUUUUUUUUUAGGAAUUCAAAAUUAGAACGCUUUAGGUGUGAGGAAGAUUGUCGCCAGCUCAUGAUCCUCCCGAACAAAGUGGUCAUGUACAUCGUGUUUACUGUGUCCGCAUGUAUUGCUCCAAGUCUCACCUCUCUAGGUGUGGCUAUCUACAUUCUGAAUGUUGUCACUUCGCACAGAACAAAGCUCUCAGAUGGUACGUUACAAAGUGAUGCAUUUUUGGUGAUACAAUAUACACUUCAGAAAAUGGAAACUCCUCCCACGCCCUUGCCACUCGCCUCCGAACAUUCUACUUCAUCUUCAUGACAACCAUCUUCACCGUCGGAACUUUGCUCCCUUACCGUAUUUAUAACAUUCAAAGACAGCUAAAUCCGAGGGUAAGCAUAAAUAACAAGUCAAUCGCGAAAUUGAAUGUUUUCAGGAGACGGGAGAGAUUAGCUGCGGAAGCAUUAUCUUCUCCUGGACUUGCCUCUAUUUCGUUUCGCUUAACGCGGUAAGCGAUAAGUCUCUAAUGUCCAAACACCAUGAAAGAUUACUUCCAGAUCCUCAAUCCCAUCAUCACUGUCACUGUUCUUCCGCAAUAUCGCUUCCAAUGGCUCUGCAAGAAGCUCGGAAGCACUGCGUCGCCAGCUGCCGUCUAUGUCUAA